GGUCUUGUGUUUGUGUAAAAAUGGAGAACAAGACAGAUAAUGGAAACGAGGAUGGUCCAAAAAUACAUAGCCAAGUUGAGAAGAUAAAGAAAGAGUUUGAGAAGAUAAGGCAACCAUCUCUGCAACAACCGGAGAUGAGGAGGGUUCUUAGCGAGAUCAAGAGGCGUCAACGUUCACGUUCUCCUCUUGGUUUAGGGGAGAGAUCUAUUUCCGUUGGGAAUUGAUCCAUGUUUGACUUUGUAAUCAAGAGAGAUAGAUUAUAAAAAAAGAAGUAGAGGUCAUGUUUUUACUAAUAGUUACCAGGUUUUGUUGUAUAUAUUUUGCUAUGUAAAUACUCUUUGGUUUGAAUAGUAAAAAGCUUUUUCACUU